UUUCCACCCCACACCCCAAGUGGGUAAGGGCGUUGUGUGUAGUAGCGAGGGUGUGUUAUGGAGGAUAUGUUUUUCAUGGAAAAUGAAAUAUAGUAUGCAAAUUGGUGAAAUAAAUAAAUAAAUAAAGUGACAAAUAUAUUUAUGCAUAAUGCGUGCCAUCAAGUUGCGAAGUUAUUCUUAAGAACUGUAUGCAAGCAAAAAUGGAAACGGAAAUAAAAGCGAAAAUUGUUGCUUCUGACAAACAAUGUUUUAGUGAAAAUGCCAUUCACGAGCAGAUACUGCACAUUAAGGACAAGGAAAAUGGUAUCGUGCUGUGUGCUCCUUCUGCUGAAAGUGACUUGUGCCAAGAAAACAGAAAUAAUGCAAAACAUGUGACUAAUUUUCACCAGAAUAAUGUUGAAAGAUGUGACAGUAAUAAUAAAAUUGUUGGCAGUGAAGAGACAUGCAAGAUUGAAAUGUCGCCACCAUCAGAAAUCUGCAGCAUUCCUAUCCCACUUUCAGAAACAGUUAAAUUACAUCCUUCUGACAAGACAAGUACAACAACUGAAAGUCUUAGUCAGAGUGAACAAAGUUUAGAUUUUGAUGCUGUGCGGGAUACUACAGGGGCUCAUAAACUGAAAUCUAGAAAGCAUGUCAAUAUCUGCACAGAGAGCGAGGACCAAGAGGAAGAUGGAAUCAAUAAUUUUGAGACUAUGGCCCUUCGAGGUUCUGAGACAUCAGAAUCUGUAGCGGAUCAUUCAGCAGUGAGCAACAGCACUGAUGGAUGCCUUACAGUUACUGGAACCAUUAAACGUGGCAAGAAGGCAGGUCAGUGCGUGGAUAUUAGACUGAAUAUGUCUCGUGAAGAGCUUGAGCAUCUUGAAGCAAAUAUAACUGCAAAAAAAUCCAGUUCCAGUUCAGCUUCAACUUGGUUAUCAUGUGGUAUUAAGAGUGGUCCCCAUAUAAUGGUAAUAACUGCCCUUAUUUUACCUAUUGUAAGUCUUGUGUCGGGUGCGUAUUCAUUUUACAUUGGGACAAUUACUUGGUACAACAUUUUUACAUAUUAUACUGAAGAAAAGCCUACAUUCUGUAGGGUACUUGUCUCUCCCAUUCUCAUUUUAUUGUAUCCUUUUCUUAUAGUUAUUUUUACUCUUGGUCUUGGCAUUUAUGCAGGUUUUGUUCAGCUGUCAUGGUUUUAUGACAGCUGGUAUAAGGAAAUAACAGAUCUAGAGAAAGGGUUUUAUGGCUGGUUGUGUGCUGUACUGAGGCACGAGGAAUGCUCUCCAUAUGAAGUUGUAAUCUUAACAGACAUUCAGGGAACAGGCAGAGUGGAACCUAUUGAAAGAUCAUCAUCUGGAGAUCUAUCAGGUUAAUGACAGACUUUAUAAUCUUCAAUAUGUUUGACUGUAUAUAAAAAUUUAUCUGGUUUAAAUUACAUCAUGUGAGCUGGAUAUGAAAAGGCAUGCAUGUGAUAAAUGACUACCUUGUACAAAAUGUGUAUGUAAUACUUCAAAAUAGUUUCAGACUGGGGCAAAGGACCUUUUAAAGUAACCAGAAAUUAUGACUGAACACUGCCAGAAACUAAUAUUUGUGGAACAUAAUUAAUUGUACAAAAUGUCAAAACAGUAGGAAAGCAAGCCUGACCCAUCUGGUAUUCAAUAAUGAGCUUCAUGUAUUAAUGUAAAAAUAAGAGUCUGUAUAUGGAUCUUUCAUGUUUAUAUGAUUGCAAGAGAAGUUUUAUGUAGUUUUCUAAAUCCUCAUUUAGAAAAUUACAUAUUAAGGCUGCUGUGCCUCAACUCCAAAAGUCUGCUGUGUCCCAACUCCAAAUAAUAAUAAUAUUUUAGUGAAAAUUAGGUAAUUUCUUUCACUGUGCUACACAAAAUCCAUUUUGCAUUUCGCUAGAAGAAGAAAAUGUCUUGUUUUUUAUGCUGUAGUCACACAAAGAAAGUAGUUAAAACAUAUUAUUACGAUACAUUUCUGUAAUAUUUCUGAAAACUUCCUCUUUGAACACAUAUCAUGUUUUUCUUUCUUAAAUUUUCAUGAUCUUUAUUGUAAUUCUCAUAAGCAAACACAUAUCACAGGAUAUUGUUUAUGGGAUAGCAUUUGUUUUUUAUUUUACCGUUCUUUUAUGAGACUGCUUGUGUCCUGUGUAAUAACUGGUGCUCAGUGACAAAUUUAUAUUCUCUUGACAUAAUACUUUCGAGAAUAUGACUCAAUUGUGUGUGUUACGGUGAGUUCAGCAGAAUAUUAAAUUGUUUGUAAAUAGAAUAUUAAAUUGUUUGUAAAUUGUGUGUAAUUGACACUUCAAAUAUGUAAUGGGAUUGUAAUACACAUUUUCACAUACAGAUAUGCGUAUGCCAUGAGUACUACCAGUUGUGAUGUUACGUAUGCAGUACUUUUUAAAAAAAGGAGGCUUGGGAGGUGAGCAUGCAUUUCAUAGAAUGUAACCAUUAAGCUUUGGAUGGAGCACCAUGGUUUAAAUAACUUUCUAGAGCUGUUAGAUGAUGUGUUUUUCUUAUGCUGAAUGUGAUGCAUUUUGGACAUGAGCUCCAGCAUUUUUACAAACUUGAUGUAAAUAAUUAAGACUUGGUACUGGGUUGAUAUUUUUACCACUAAAUAAAAAUACAAGUGAAACAUCUUCAGAACAAGAUUGCGUGAAAUGUUAAGUAAGAAUGAGACUGAAUAAUUUCAUAAUACAGUUUAUUAAAAAUACUCAUAUUUGUAACAAAAUGCUGAUUUCUAUACUUUCUCUUUUUCAUGUCUGAAUGUUUUAUAACUCAUAUAGUAGCAGAUAUGGCACCAUAUUUUAUAUAUCAGUUCUUUAUAUAAUAAGUGGAAUGAUGUUUUGUAAAUAAACAUUUUGAUAGAUGUUUUUACUGUCAAAUUGAUAAGUGUUGCCAAAAAAUUGUAAUACUUCAAAUCAAAUUUUGUACUUUAUUGAUAAGUCCAAGGCUUAGUCAUUUAUUAAAGCAUAAUUAAUAACCAGUUGGCAUUUUACUUACAUGAACUGAACUGUACUGACAACAAUAAAAUGUAUGAUAG